CUCAACCCAACUGCAUCAGCAUUCAACACCUGUCUGUGAAACCUGUGACCCUCCCUCAUCUUUCUUCUCUCCCCUCUUCUUCGUGAUUCUCACCUUUGUUAACGUAAAAAUCCCAACUUUGUUCCCUUUAUCAAUUGGGGUCCCCUUGAAAAAGACGCCACCCCUCAUCAUUAUUCAAUUCGGUGAACCAGGCCAGGUGUCCAUGUGAACUCCUUUACUCUCUCUCUCUCUAUACCCUUCAAGCACAGACACAUAUCUGCACUUCACAACCCUCCAAAUAAUAUUUUUCUAUAUAUAAAACCACCAUUAUGGAGAUGGGGUUUACUCCCUUCUGAGACCCUUUCUCUCUUUUAUGCUUCCUUCAUCAUCUUCUUCUUCUUCCCUGCAUUAGUUCCCAUUACAGUGUUACACUUCUGGGGGAAGAAAGGCUCACUUUUCAGAUCCAACGUUGAGCCUCCACACAUCAUGAUAGAGCCAGGGUGCCUGAAUAAGGGUCACCCUUGUAGACCGACAACACUUGUUACUCUUCCAUUGUUGUUCUUCACACUAGUGUUCUUCUCCAGCUUCAUCAAUGCUUCCUCUUCUUCUGUGUAUCCGGAAUUGAAUCCUAUAAAACCUAGACAUUCGCGUCUUCUCAGGAGCGCCGUGCAACGUGAAACUCCUGCAUCACAGCUUUCUGAACUAUGGUCACCUCUGGAAAGCCAAGGAUGGAAACCCUAUGUUGAACCAAAUAAGCCAACAUUACCAGAAAAGUCUGAGGGAUACAUCCAGGUCUUUCUCGAUGGAGGUUUGAACCAACAAAGGAUGGGGAUAUGUGAUGCAGUUGCUGUGGCAAAGAUACUGAAUGCUACUCUAGUGAUCCCUUACCUUGAAUUAAAUCCCGUAUGGAGAGAUUCAAGCUCCUUCAUGGACAUAUUUGAUGUAGAUCAUUUCAUUGAUGUAUUGAAGGAUGAUAUUUCUAUAGUGAAAGAGCUUCCUGGAGAGUACUCCUGGAGCACAAGGGAGUACUAUGGCUUGGCUAUUCGGGAAACCAGAAUCAAGGCUGCACCUGUGCAUGCAUCAGCCCACUGGUAUCUCGAGAAUGUUUUGCCUGUUCUACAGAGUUAUGGUAUUGCUGCAAUCUCUCCAUUUUCUCACCGACUGAGUUUUGACAACUUACCUAUGGAUAUUCAACAUCUGCGCUGUAAAGUCAACUUUGAAGCUUUGACCUUUGUUCCUCAUAUCAGAACACUUGGAGAUGCCCUUAUCAGCCGUCUUCGCUACCCUGAUGGCUCAGCUGGAGAAAUGGGCUCCAACUACCUUCAAGAGGUCACUAGUGCAGGUGCUAGUAAAAGUGCUGGGAAAUUUGUUGUUCUUCACCUCCGAUUUGACAAGGAUAUGGCAGCACAUUCAGCCUGCGAUUUUGGUGGAGGAAAAGCUGAGAAAUUGGCCCUUGCAAAGUACAGACAGGUAAUUUGGCAAGGGAGGGUUCUUAACUCUCAAUUUACCGACGAAGAACUGAGGAGUCAAGGUCGCUGUCCAAUGACUCCAGAAGAGGUUGGAUUGUUGCUAGCAGCUCUUGGAUUUGACAACAGCACUCGUUUGUAUCUUGCCUCCCACAAGGUCUAUGGUGGAGAAGCAAGGAUUUCAACUCUGAGGGAACUGUUUCCUCUGAUGGAAGAAAAGAGCCUUGCUUCAUCUGAUCAGCGUGCUCAGAUAAAGGGAAAAGCUUCUCUAUUAGCUGCACUUGACUACUAUGUUGGCUUGCAUAGUGACAUCUUCAUCUCUGCUUCCCCAGGAAACAUGCACAAUGCAUUGGUUGGACACCGUACUUACCUGAACUUAAAGACCAUAAGGCCAAAUAUGGCAUUGAUGGGUCAGCUUUUCCUGAACAAAAGCAUAGAGUGGUCAGAGUUUGAAGAUGCAGUGGUUGAAGGUCACCAAAACAGACAAGGCCAACUAAGGCUGAGGAAGCCCAAACAAUCCAUUUACACUUAUCCAGCUCCUGAUUGCAUGUGCCAGGCUUAGAGUACUACUACUACUAUUAGCAUAUACUUAAAUUAUUGAUCACGGAUGUAGCCUGUGUAUUUUAUAGUUGUGUCUUAUUAUUUAACAUAUCUGGUGAAAAUAAAAAAAGGCAUUACCAUUUGGGGUGUUGUGUUAUCAUGUUCUUGAUAAGAGUGCUUGAGAGUUAGUUGUGUAUUGUGUGGGAGAUGAUGUAUUUAUCAGAUGAUGGCAUUCUUAGCAGGAGCCAACCAUAUUAUUUUUAAUUCAAUAACAUCAGCCAUAUAGUUCUUUAUCA